AUACCUCCUGGUGCCAUAUACAGUGGCCGUUUUCAUGAUAUCGAUGAGUGAUGAUGAUUGAGAUGCCACUGUAGUAUCCAUUGAAGGCAGCACCGGUGGAUGGCUCACACGAAGAUCGAAAGCUCAACCUUGGGUACAAGCGCUUCAUUGGGCAAUAUGGCAAGAAACGACGAAGUGAACCAUGGGUAACCCAAGGGCCAGUGUCAAGAGAAAAGCAGGCAGUCGAUGCUGGGAAGGUACCCCUGCCUGGCUCAGAAGGGAGUGUAACAUCUCGUCGUAUGAUCCGACUGAAGACGAGCCCACAAGCCGACAGUACCCACGUCAAACUUUGAAUUGGCCCAGGAAUUGGCAAUGCCCUGAACCAAGGCAGCCGAUGUCCCGUAUUGUCGUCACCAAAGGGACAAGUCGCGCAAGACAGCUACUAGCUUUUCUCCCGCUUAGUCGUCUUGUAUUCUGUGUCGGAAGCAUGACCAACAGAAGGAACACAUGCCGUUUUGCGACGUUUGACCGGCACAUGGCGCCUUGCCGGAUGAUAUCAUAUCAGAAAAAUGCCCAUAUUACCGGGGCAGCACUAGCUCGUGAGGGACUAGUUGAUUGGGGGUGUAUCAGCACCCCCACCUUCACAGACUUUAGUGUGCUAGAUCGCAAAGAAGCUCAUCCGGGAUGUGGACCCUCGGAAAUCCAUACGUCCCUGCAACGUGCAAAGCAAGUUUGAUUAUAUCAGAUCAGGCCCCGAGAGGGGUUACGCCCAUGAUCACUGAUGCCACCCAACGUUCCAAGCAGGCGGCCACAUCCGC